UGUGAUGGCUUUCAUGUGACCAAUCACAGCAAGAUGUUCCCACAUCUCAUGAACAUCGUACUAAUGUUCUAGAUUUCAGAAAAUCGCCGAAACGAAAGCAUCCGUUAAAAGAUCGGACUGAAAUCGGAGACCGAUCGACACCAUCAGCCUCAUAUUUGUCAACAGAUAUGAUGCGUUGGAUGUGAGUUGGCCACGCCCUCGAUGCGCAGCACUGACUCACUGUGACGGACAUCCAUUGACCAUUAUCAGACAACAACACGAACAUCAGACAUGGGCGAAUCAGAGACGCGUCAGCGCUUGCUGCGCAACGUGAAGAAGGAGGUGAAACAGAUCAUGGAAGAGGCCGUGACCCGCAAGUUUGUGCAUGAGGACAGCAGUCACAUAUUUUCUUUCUGCGGUGUCGUGGAAGCCUGCUUGCUUCACGGACUCAAGCGGCGAGCCGCGGGGUUCCUGCGCAGCAACAAGCUGGCAUCUCUUUUCAUGAAGGUGGGGAAGAUGUUUCCUCCGGCUGAGGAACUCUGCAGAAAGGUCCAGGAGUUGGAACAGAUUAUCGAGAACAAACAAAACCAAGUUCAGAUGAGUCAGGAGAGUGUCAGAAAACAGUCCAGACCGCCCAACCUGUCCCCUCUGGCUAUCAAACACCUUUGGAUUCGCACAGCGCUCACGGAAAAAGUGCUGGAUAAAAUCGUCCUUUACUUGGUGGAGAACAGCAGCAAAUUCUACGAAAGAGAGGCUCUGUUGAGAGACCCAGUCGAUGGUCCAAUUCUUGCAUCUUUGCUCGUUGGUCCCUGUGCUUUGGAGUACACAAAAGCAAAGACAGCCAAUCACUUCUGGACAGAUCCGUCGGCCGAUGAGUUGGUGCAGAGGCAUCGCAUUCACAGCGGUCACUGCCGACAGGACUCGCCCACUAAACGCCCCGCUCUCAUCCAGAAGAGGCAGUCGAGCGGCAGUAUGGAUGACAGACCUUCUCUUUGGGCUCGGGAUUAUGUCGAAUCUCUUCAUCAGAAUUCCAGAGCGACGCUGCUUUUCGGGAAGAAUAAUGUCCUGGUGCAGCCGACAGAUGAUAUGGAAUCUAUCCCUGGAUACCUCUCGCUCCAUCAGACCGCAGAUCUGAUGACGCUGAAGUGGACACCAAACCAGCUGAUGAACGGAAACACGGGCGAGUUGGAUUAUGAGAAAAGUGUGUACUGGGAUUACGCAAUGACGAUUCGUCUGGAGGAGAUUGUGUAUUUGCACUGCCAUCAGCAAGUGGACAGCGGUGGGACGGUGGUUUUGGUGAGCCAGGAUGGGAUCCAGAGACCUCCGUUCCGGUUUCCAAAAGGCGGCCAUCUCCUGCAGUUCCUCACGUGUCUGGAAACAGGCCUUCUGCCUCAUGGCCAGUUAGAUCCUCCUCUGUGGUCUCAAAGAGGAAAGGGAAAGGUUUUCCCAAAACUGCGUAACAGGAGCCCGCACGGAUCCUGCGAGUCAUUCUCUGACAAAGAUGAAGACGAAGCAACCGAUUAUGUUUUCCGGAUCAUAUAUCCAAGCAGUCAGGAAUUUGGUAUGUUAGUCUUGAUGUGUCCCAUCACUUGCAGCUGUGUAAUAUCUGUAUGUGAUAAUAUAGGCGUUCACAUUUCUCACGUUGUUCCAGUGGCACCAGAGUUGCUGGAUCAGAGCGUGAAUCUUUGGCAGCCCGCCCCCAGAAAAUCCUCCUGUUCCUCCUGCUCACAGAACGGCUCAUCGGAUGGAGGACUUCCCAACGGAUGCAACCACGAUAGGGCGCCGCUGAAGUUACUCUGCGAGACCAUGAAACAUCAGAUCAUUUCUCGUGCUUUCUACGGCUGGUUGGCGUACUGUCGUCAUCUGUCCACUGUCCGUACCCACCUGUCAGCCCUGGUAAACCCCACCAUCGUUGAGCCUGACUUUCCCUAUGAUGCCAGAGGUGGGCUGUCCGCAGAAGUGUGGAAAACAUUUCUACAAGACAGUACUGCGUUCGAGGAAGAGGAGCUCCUGCGGCUGGUUUAUUACGGCGGUGUGGAACCGUCUCUGCGUAAGGAGGUCUGGCCGUUCCUGUUAGGACACUACCACUUCACCAUGACCCCCAAAGAAAGGCAGGAGGUGGACGAGCAGGUCCGAGCCUGUUACGAGCAGACCAUGAGCGAGUGGUUGGGAUGCGAGGCCAUCGUGAGACAGCGUGAGAAGGAACAACACGCCGCUGCUCUGGCUAAGUGUGCGUCGGGUGCCAGCGAAUCGCGGCAGGACUCCACCAUCAGCACCGAUUCUCAGUGCAGCUCAGAGAAACAGAGUCGUGCGUGUUCUCAGAGCGACUCCAACAGCAGCACUCAGCAGGUAUUUGGCUCGGUGGAUGAAGUUGACCCGAUUGAAUCUGAGCCCAAACCAAAAGAUGAGAAGCCACAGCCAAAGAUCCCAAACGGAACGUUUCCAAACUGCACCAGUUCUCCAGAUUCUGGCCAUCCGUCAUCUCGUAACUUCUCUGUGACGUCCGGCCUCUCAGACUGCUCUCCGUGCACAGAGGAGACGUCCGCGCCAGAGUCCGGUCCCAAAACAGCUCGAGAACCGCCGACAGCAGAACUUCAAACUGACAUCACCUCCUGUUCUGACCCGGAUGAGAAGCAGAGAGAAAACGGCUUGAGGGCUCAGGACAAAGCGAAAGAUGCUCUCAUCUCACCGACGAAGAACUCAGAGGUGGAGCUGAGUAAACCUCAAAUGUCUGAUGCUGAAACUCAACCGGCGGAAAGUGUAGAAAACACCAAAACAUCAUCUGAAAUAUGUGAAGAUGAGACAAGAUCGUCGCAUUCAGAAGACAUCAAGGGUGAAAACCAAACCGAGGUCGAAGAGUCCACACGGCCCCAGGAAGAAAAAACUAAAUCAGGGGCCGAGCAGGGAUCAGACUCACAAGAAAAAGAAAACACAGACACAGAUGUGAUCAAUACAGAGUCCUCACUGGAGGACAAAGACAAACCCAAAGCUUUGGAAGAACACAGAGCCUCCGGUUUAGAGAUGCAAACGUCUGCCGACGAUUCUGAACUUUCAUCAAAACCCGAAUCUCAGAAUGUGACAGAUCUACAUGCGAGCAACAUCACGACACCACAAUCUAUCGGCUGGGAGUCCGAUCACAACAGAGCCAAAUCCAUCAUCAAACAGUUAACCGGAUCCGAGUCGGAAAGCUGCUGUCUCCUCACCUCGCUAUCCAAACAAUCUCCGGAUAUGUCAGAUGACUCUCCUUCAGCUCUGCAGAUGGAAGAGAUCGCGUCCUCCGUGGUCUUUAUGUCUUCAGAGAGCAACACAUCAAGGGUCCCACUCACCCUGAGCCGCCCCAUGGUCGCGUCCGGGGGGAAAUCGAUGGGAAUGCCGGCUUUGGAGCUCUGCAUGGAUCCGGGCGUCAACACCAGCCCCGAGGAAACGGAAUCCGCGCUCUCUGAGGAGGAACCGGAGAUGGAGAAUUUAUUCCCCAAACCGGACUCUCUGGCAGUCACGGGGGAGCACAAGAAUGAUGUCGCGUCUCCGGUGUCGUCUAUUGGGACCACUUACUCUCAGGAAUUGGUUGACCUGUACACACUGAAUCUCCACCGGAUUGACAAAGACGUCCAGCGCUGCGACAGAAACUUCUGGUAUUUCACUCCGGCCAACUUGGAGAAACUGCGUAAUAUCAUGUGCAGUUACGUGUGGCAGCAUCUUGAUAUCGGAUACGUCCAGGGAAUGUGCGAUUUACUCGCUCCGCUGCUGGUCAUCCUGGAUGACGAGGCCAAAGCCUUUAGCUGCUUCACUGAACUCAUGAAGAGAAUGAACCAGAACUUUCCUCACGGAGGAGCCAUGGACACACACUUCGCCAACAUGCGCUCCCUGAUACAGAUUCUGGACUCUGAGCUGUUUGAGCUCAUGCAGCAGAAUGGAGACUACACACACUUUUACUUCUGCUAUCGCUGGUUUCUCUUAGACUUCAAGAGAGAAAUGGUCUAUGAUGACGUGUUCUCGGUGUGGGAGACCAUCUGGGCGGCCCGUUAUGCCUCCUCUGAGCACUUUGUACUGUUCAUCGCUCUGGCAUUGGUCGAGCUGUAUCGAGACAUCAUCCUGGAGAACAACAUGGAUUUCACAGACAUCAUCAAGUUCUUCAAUGAAAUGGCCGAGCAUCAUGAUGUCCCGAAGGUGCUGGUGAUGGCUCGAGAAUUAGUCCACAAGGUCCAGAUCCUUAUUGAGAAUAAAUGAACGCUUUCCCGUGUCUCCCUUCCGUGAUGAAAUGUGAAAAAUGUUCAUUUUCGGUGAAAUAGAUGAGAAUGGCUGUGUUGUUUCCGUCUGUGCUCAUUAAGGCCCUACGCGCACGGUAAAAAAAAAAAAAAGAGAUGUUAUUUCGAGAUACAUGGAGAAUAGUUUUUUAAGGUUGUGAAGGUUAAAGAUGGCUAUAAAUAUUAAAAAAGAUUGUCUAUGAAAGUCAGUGUAUGUGACCAGAUGCGAAAACACACCCUUUCUGAUGCACAUUUAGAUCGAUUUCGAUCUAAAAGCACAAAGUAUUGAAAAUAAUGCUGUAUAUUGAUUUAUUUUUUAAAUACGCGGAAAUUAGAGAGGGUUGAUAAUCGGUCACAAUCAUUUCUGUAAAGGUUUAGAGUUCACGUCACGAUGUUUGCACGAAAGCGUCGUCUGCGAGAUCAGACAGUAGCUGUUGUCAGAUCAGCAUAGACUAAAAACACCCGAAAGAAAAAGAAAAUGAAAUGUUAAGAACAGUUAAGACUUUUGCAUUGCGACAUGAUUUUCAUAACCAUUACAUUGAGCAAUAUGCACAAAUCUUAAUUGUUCUAUUCGAACGCUUCAUUUAGGACAGCUCACCCAAAAAGUUCAUCAUUUAUUCACCCUCAUGUCAUGUCAAACACAAAAGAAGAUAUUUCAUGGAACGUUGCUAACCAAACGACAUCGAACCCCAUUGACCUUCAUUGUAUGAAGUUGACACAAAACCACUGAGACAUUUCUCAAAAUAUCUUCUGUGGUUUGGUUUUGAAUGUCUUUAGAGUGAAUAUAUGAUGACAGAAUUUGUGCUUUUGUCUUUCAACUAUCCUUUUAACGUUCUUUUAUUUUUGGGAGGACAGGGAUGUCAUGAGAUAAACACAUUAAGUCGAAUACGUUGAGCUGCUAUACAAUGAAGUACCUCACUCAGUGAAGCAACUUUACUGUAAAACAAUCAAUCACCAGAGAUACUUUCAUGUGCAUUGAUCUUUUUGCCUUACGUUUCUCUGUUCAGGGACGCAUGCGGUGGCCACUUGUGUCACAAAGCCAUUUGGUGUGUGUGUGUGUGUGUGUGUGUGUGUGUGUGUGAUGAAGAGUUUUAAUUUGUAACAAAUAUUCAUAUAUCUGAUGUAUGCCAUAUAGGUGUGUGUGUGAGAGGUCUGGACAGAUGUGCUCUGAACUACCAGCAGCCAAACAUGUAUGGUUGUUCCAUACUUUUAGCACUUGUUGGAUUUAAUGUGAUUGUGGUAAACUGCUGAAACAGUAAUUCCGACUGAUUGUUUAAAGUGCCAGUGUUAUUAAAAACCAAUUUCCCUCCUGAUAUGCCAAUUUCAUCUCUUUAUCGGUUCUCUUUGUGUGUAUUGCUGUUUUAAGCUCUGUAUCAUUAGCUUACAUUGAAUGAUACCGUAUGUAGGUCACAAUAUUACAAUAUGUAAACAUGUUUGCCGUGUGCAUUGUAAAAAAAAAAAACUUUGAUGAUGAUAAAUGUAUUUGGCUCACAGCCACAGUGACACGAACUGCUGACGAGAAGACACAAAAGAUUUGUUGAAUUUAUUCUGGAAACCUAUAUAUUUUUAUUGUACUCUGUGAAACGACAUAGUAUACUGUCAGAACUGCGUGCUGCAUAUGAUAUAAUCUGUAUUAUAAUAUUUAAUAAAUGUGUGUGUUGACUGUA